GUAUCCAGUAGACAACAAGCUUGAUACCGAGGCACUCAGGUGUUUGGCACAGGAAGUCUGCCCGAGGUUAGAGAAAUUCUCUUUUGGAGGUUACACAUGGACAAUCAACAGGGCUGUAUGACGAGAAGAGUUAUCAUAUUGUCUCGCUUAUAUUACUACGACACAUGUGCUCUUACGAGUUCAAAGGGGAUUAAAGGUCCCGGUCAACCACCAAAGUGGGAGAAUCAAGUGCCUAUCGACUGCUAGGGAAUAUCUACGAGAAUGCAAGUAUUUAAGUCUUCAAAAGCGUAACCUUGAGGUAAACGUGCGAUGACAUGCAGCGGUCUAGGCACAGCCACGAUACAGUCCUUACAGGUCAUCCGAAACCUUCGUGUCGGGUUCAGCCGUGAGCACCACCAUCGUUCUUUGUCCCUACUCUCUGCCUGCGUGUACGUACUCUACCACAUGGCGCUCCCAUGGUCUACUCCUACCCGUCAAACCGACACUGGCGCCGUACUACCCUUUAUCCCGAAUGAGAUAUACAUCGAGAUCUUCGACUCGGUCCUCCCGCUAGGCAGAUUCGGAGAGCAAGAUGCGGAGGCGAUUGACACCCUCAUGCGUGCCACGCUUGUGUGCCGGUUCUUCUACCAUCUUGCAUCGUCCCGCAUCUUUGAAUCGCUCGUGGUGAGGCUCGACGACCAGAGCAACGCGACCGGCGCCAAUCACGUCGCGUUGGAUUCAUGGGCGCAUGCAAUCGUCGCUGGGGACCCCGCGGCGGUGAACGCGGCAGCGCACGUCAAGCGCGGGGUGCUCAUCGGCGACCGUCACAGGGACCGCAAACCCGAUGACAUCAUCGCACGCCGCACCCGACUUCUCACCCAGCUGCCCAACAUCGAGCGCGUCGAAUUCGUGAACUGCGCCAUCGCUCCGGCUCACAUCGCGGUAUUGCUGGAGCUCCGUGGGCUGCGGCGCAUCGCGGCCAGGGAUUGCUCAUGGGUACAGCCUGACAUCGAUAUGGCCAAUUGGACCGGAGACAAUGGUGGCACUGUAAACCCGUCCGCUGUUGCCCUCGGAGAAGGGUUUUCUACACAAGGGAUAGAAGAUCUGGAGAUUGCAGAUCAUCAUUACGUCCUCGACUCCCCAACCGAAUGGGCGUGCCAGGUACUCGCGACUGCUUCACAAACACUGCGCCGCGUGGCGCUCACGGACGCAAAGUCGCUCACCUUGCUCAUCCACGCGUAUAACACCAGGUGGGACGCGCAGCCGACGUGUCAUUUCCCGGCCGUACGCGAGGUGCACCUGCAGCUUCCCUCCCAGUAUGAUGAUGAGCUACGCAUGUUCUCCGAGGCGAGGACGUGCGCAGAGUCAUUCCCGGCACUCGAGAGGCUGGUGAUAUUUGUGGAAUGGCCCCGGGACAUGUACAGGCGUAACCUUUGUGGAAAUUCGCGUGGAAUAAGACCACUGGAUAGCCCACGAAAGUUUGCCCAUAGUUUCAUCAAGGCAGCGGGUGUGAGGAUGCAAAACUUGCAUCGCUUUGAAAUCUUGGACUCCAGAUACGACAGCACGUACAUGUUCUUCAAGCGACAUAUAACCGACGACCUUCUCCACGAGAUGGUUGAUAAGGUGUGCCCAAACCUAGAGUAUUUCCGCUUCGGGCCGCUGGAGUGGACGCCCCAUUUAGGGAGCUGGAAGCGGACGAUGAAGUCGAGUAUUGACAGGCGCGAUAUAUUUGAGUGAUUUCUGCUGAUAUACGUCUCCUUCAGUAGCUGAAGCGUACUGUGGGCACAUACUGUCUGGUAUCUUGGAUACGGAUCAAACAUCAACUGGUUAUCAACUCACGCUUCCUCCGUACCUCACAAAAACACCUCCAGAUUUACCCUACCUGAGUUUAUGCAAGAUAGUAGGGGCGUUCUGUGCUGGCCGGGCUUUAACGAAACUUUCUAGUCGCUAAUCUAGUAAUCACGUUAGGAGCACUUGCAUCUAGCCCUGUGUGAUCUCUGAACAUUGCCCCUGAGAUGCAUGCCACGUCAUGGCAUAGCAAGACAGUGUCCAUUGUAAAAC